AUGACGACUACUGCUCCCGCUUCUGCUUCUAGCGGUACUGCUCCUGCUACCGGUAGCCCACGCGUCUUGCGGACUACGUUCCACUUCCAAGCCGAAAAGCAAAAGAAAGAAUUCAAGGCGAAAGUCUUUGCCAAGACUUUCCUCAUGGGGACGCAUCUUCGUGCCGGGGCCAAGAGUCCGGUGAAGGUGUUGCAGGGUCAGCAUGGUGAUAUUUUGAACCAGAUUUGUGACUAUGCUUCGCCUUUGCCGAAGGAACGCGACUUUUACUACAAAAUGGGGCUAUCAAUGUGCGUUGGGACGGAGCAUGUGUUUGUGGAAGAAUUGGAGCAACCGGAGAAACUGAUGAGUCCACAGUACACGUUGUGUUCCCUCAACAGCCAGCCGAUCUGCGGUGCGUUCAAUUGCAAGCCUCUUCUUGUUGAUUUUUUGAAAAAAUUCGCUUGCAAAAAGAACACGGCAGAGAAUGACAAUGACAAUGACGACGACAGCUGUUUCUGGAAUGAGGGACAGUUGCGUGCGGCGUGGAAGGACUUUGCAGUGGAACGCUUUUGUGAUCGUCCCAAUGGCAACUGUAGAGGGCUUUGCUGUGUGAUUUCGGGAGAUACGAUCGCCUGGGGCUAUGGGGGCAUGAAUCUCUACCCCGUGGCUCGCAUGUGGAAACCCGCUACUCAAGCUGAUUUGGUGGAACGUGGCUUUGUCAACCCCAAGCAUCCAGGAAACUCAGGCAAAGGCAUUUUGUGGCAAUACGCCAAGAUUGCUCGUGAUGAUCCGAAGCAGUUGGAGGAUGAAGAUGAAAACAAAGAAAACGAGGGUGGAGAUGGCAACAACUGA